AUGAAUCCUGUCAUGGCUAGAAGCUCAAACAACAUGUCCUCUAAGAGACAUUUUCAUUGGACAAACAAGGUUGGAACUGAAGAAGGUGAACCUCACACUUCAGAAUCAUUUUCUACACUCAUUCAGAAGGAGGACUUAGCGUGUGACAAGGUUAUUGAUCAUGAGGCUUCAUCAGAUGUUAAAGCCACUACAAAUGCAACAAGGGGGAAGCUGAGAGCAGUGGCAAUCUCAAGGCUUCGUUCAGCUCUCACUGUGUUUGGCAAGAACCGGUCCAACACACCAUUUGGCCUUGGUUCUCGUGUAGUUGGCACGCUCUUUGGAUAUAGACGCGGGCAAGUACAUUUUGCAUUUCAGAAGGACCCAACUGCCCAAGAAGCCUUUUUGAUCGAGCUUGCGACACCGAUCAGUGGAUUGGUUCGCGAAAUGGCAUCCGGGUCAGUAAGAAUUGCUCUGGAAUGUGACAAGGAGAAAGAAGUAGAGAAGAAAGGUUUGCGAUUGCUGGAAGAGCCUCUGUGGAGGACAUAUUGCAAUGGCAAGAAAUGUGGUUUUGCUAAUAGAAGAGAAUGUGGUCAAAAGGAGUGGGAUAUUCUCAAAGCUGUUGAGCCAAUUUCAAUGGGUGCUGGUGUUAUACCAGGAGCUGAUAAUGGAGGACCAGAGGGUGAACUUAUGUACAUGAGGGCAAAGUUUGAGAGAGUCGUUGGAUCGAGAGAUUCUGAAGCUUUCUAUAUGAUGAAUCCUGACAGCAAUGGUGUUCCUGAGCUCAGCAUUUAUUUGCUUAGAGUCUAG